AUGGAGGAAGGUAUGGAAUUUUUGGACAAUGUGAUUGAAGACACCAUCAAUGUCUACCAAGGUCAAAUCUCGAUCAAUAUGGAUAUGGCGAGUGCCAAGGAUAUUGACGAUGGUCAAACGGUCACGGGGAUGCUGGAUGAAAUGCACGAACGUGAACAACAACUGGAGGAUGCCUUUGUGGGAAUCAAAGCUUGUGACAACGCCUUGGCGGCUAAAGAUCAGGCCCUGGCUCAGCAGAAAGCCGCGACGGCGGCUCUUCAAGCCCAACUUGACGCCCUUCAACGCCAGACAGCCCACCACUUGGCCAUCGAUUCGCAACCACCUGCUCAAAACAAUGAGGUCUCCCCAGAUCGGUCCGAAUUUACUAUGCCACCAAAAAAGAGGAAAAGCAAGGAUACUUCCACGACUAAGAGGAGAGUUAACAGGUCUAAGGCUGGUCUUAAGCCGCCCACUAAGUAA